AUGGGUAUGUAUGGUAUGGGCGGAGUUGGGAAAACAACGCUUCUCAUGCAAAUCAACAAUAAGUUCAGUGAAGAAAGGUGUGGAUUUGAUUUUGUGAUUUGGGUUGUGGUGUCUAAAGAGUUACAUGUAGAGAAGAUUCAAGAUGAAAUCGCUCAGAAAGUUGGUCUUGAUGGAGAGGUGGGAGAAAAAAAAGAAGAAAAAACCAUUGAUUUAUACAAUUUCUUGAAGAAAAAGAGAUUUGUGUUGUUUUUAGAUGACAUAUGGGAGAAGGUGGAUUUAACAGAGAUUGGAGUCCCAUUUCCAGCACCAGAAAACCGAUGCAAAGUAGUCUUCACCACUCGUCCAAGACGUAUGUUCGCAUGA